GGAAGCGGGCGCUGCGAACUCGGCUGCCGCGCCGCCGGCGAUGCUCUGCCCUCGGCCGCCGCGGGGUCUCCAGCAGCCCGCCCGCCUGGCCCGGGACGCCGCGCGACGAUUGUUGAACUCCUCAAAAGACAGCUCCAGACAGUGCUGUAGAAAGACUCCCUAAUGCCUGCAGCCCGGAAGGAGCAUUAUGGAUUUGACUAAGAUGGGUACGAUUCAGCUCCAGAACUCCAGCCAUGCGACUGGCCUUCUCCAGAAAGCCAACCAGAUGCGCCUGGCCGGCACCCUGUGCGAUGUGGUGAUCCUGGUGGACAGCCAGGAAUUCCACGCCCACCGGACCGUCCUGGCGUGCACCAGCAAGAUGUUUGAGAUCCUUUUCCAUCGCAACAGUCAGCAUUACACCUUGGAUUUUCUCUCGCCAAAGACCUUCCAGCAGAUUCUGGAGUACGCCUACACCGCCACCUUGCAGGCCAAAGUUGAGGACCUGGAUGACCUGCUGUACGCGGCAGAGAUCCUCGAGAUCGAGUACCUGGAGGAGCAGUGCUUGAAGAUCCUGGAGACCAUCCAGGCGUCAGAAGACAACGAGGCCGAAGUCAGCAUGACCGACGGCGGUGCGGAAGAAGAGGAGGACCGGAAGUCCAGAUACAUUAAGAACAUCCUGCUCUCCAAGCAUUCCAGCGAAGAGAGUGGCUACUCCAGCCUGGCCGGCCAGGCCCUGAUGGGGACGAUGGUGGAACACAGCCCCUCGGUCUCCACCUCCUUCGGCCUGGCGGCCAUGAGCCCCACCAAGACUGCCGUGGACAGCUUGAUGAGCAUCGGACAGUCGCUCUUGCAGGGGGCUCUGCCCCGCCAGGCCCUCGAGGACUUGCACUCUGCCAACGGCCGGUGCCCGGCCGUGUCCGAGCUGAAGACCGAAGCCAUGCAGGUGGAGGAGGCCUCCAGCCACGAGAGCCCCAGGUCAGGAGAGCUGGGCGCUUCCGGGGGGGACAAAGCGGAGGAUAAAACCAAGCAAGGGCCUGGCACGCCGACCCGUAGCAGCGUCAUCACCAGCGCCCGGGAACUUCACUAUCCCCGGGACGACAACGUGGAGCAGCCCCUCGAGGCGGUCCAUGGCCCCCCGGUUGGGCCAGACCUUUUGGCCUCCCACGGGGAGAAGACGAUGGGCAUCUACUCGGUGCUGCCCAACCACAAGAGCGAGUCCAUGCUCGGACUGCCCGUCUCCAUGGCCCCCACGCUGCACGUGCAGCCGGCCCUGGCCGUCUCCAUGGACUUCGGCUCCUACGGAGGGCUGCUCCCUCAAGGCUUCAUCCAGAGAGAGCUCUUUAACAAACUCGGGGAACUGGCCGUGGGGAUCAAAACCGAGCACCGGAGUGUCGGGGAGCAGUGCAGCGUUUGCGGGGCGGAGCUGCCGGACAACGAGACGGUGGAACAGCACAGGAAACUGCACAGUGCAAUGAAGACCUAUGGGUGUGAAUUGUGUGGAAAACGAUUCCUUGACAGUCUCCGCCUUCGAAUGCACUUACUGGCUCAUUCAGCAGGUGCCAAAGCCUUUCUCUGCGAUCAUUGUGGUGCACAAUUCUCUAAGGAAGAUGCUCUGGAAAGUCACAGGCAGACCCACACUGGCUCAGACAUGGCUGUCUUCUGCCUGCUCUGCGGGAAACGCUUCCAAACGCAGACAGCCCUACAGCAGCACAUGGAAGUGCACGCUGGCGUGAGAAGCUACAUCUGCAGCGAGUGCAACCGCACAUUCCCCAGCCACACGGCCCUCAAAAGGCACCUACGCUCGCAUACAGGCGACCAUCCGUACGAGUGCGAAUUCUGCGGGAGCUGCUUCCGAGACGAGAGCACUUUGAAAGGACACAAGCGCAUCCACACCGGGGAGAAGCCCUACGAAUGCAACGGCUGCGGGAAGAAGUUCAGCCUGAAGCAUCAGCUGGAGACCCACUACAGGGUCCACACGGGCGAGAAGCCGUUUGAGUGCAAACUCUGCCACCAGCGGUCCCGAGAUUACUCCGCCAUGAUCAAGCAUCUCAGGACCCACAACGGAGCCUCUCCUUACCAGUGCACCAUCUGCCUGGAAUACUGCCCCAGCCUUUCCGCCAUGCAGAAGCACAUGAAGGGCCACAAGCCGGAGGAGAUCCCAGCCGACUGGAGGAUAGAGAAGACCUAUCUCUACCUGUGCUACGUCUGACGGGAGAAGAGAAGCUGGAAAGGACUGGACAGAAUCAACCCCCCUCGAUUGCUCCCUUCCCUUUUCCUUUUUUCACACCACCCCCCCAAAACCCCCAAUUUUCUUUCUCAUUUUGCUUUUGGUUCUAUUCGCCCAGCAGUUGCUGGCCCCCUCCUUGCCCAGCUUCCACUGCCCUUAAGGAGUGGGUGGGACAGGGAGAAACGAGGGAGAGGGAAGAGAGGCCGUUGGGGUCCCUCAAAGAAUCCCCCCAAAGGAGCAUCCCCUCAGCCCAUCUAGCUGUGAAGUUGUCUCACGUGGUGGUCAUGAGUUUUGGGGUGCCUCAUAGCUCCAGACUUCUUCUGGGCCCCUGUUGCUCCUUGGGGGGGAUGGCGAAUUUCCCUCAGUCGGGGUGUAAGCUGAGAUCCAAUCAACCCCCUGAGCUGCAAUUUCCAAGGGAUCCUUGGAACUGUAGCGUCGUGAGGAGUCUCUGUUGGGGUCCCUUUAUUUUGCUCCAAUGCUGAUCCCUGACACACCCAUGGUCCUCCUGGAAGUCACUUCAACAGCAGGAUGCAGUUUUCCGUACACGCAUCUGGCCGAUUCCCCAAAUUUACACAUACACAUACACACACCUCGCUGGUUCCUUUGAGAGGUGACCUAGCUGCCAAAUUCAAGGACAUGUUUGGGAGAGAUGGAACCGUUAGGGAGUUCUUUGAUGCCACAGCUGUGGGGAAGGUCCCAGCUGCCUUGGGACAUCCCACAUCCCUCCUGAGGUUCAAGGAAGUGCAGGGGGUGUCCUGGGGGGGCUCUGCUAGGGGAGAGCAUUAGAACCUACAGCAUCAACCCUUUUCUCAUUGAUUCAGCCGAUCGCAUUUUGGCCUCGGUGGCUUAAAUGUUGGGGGUUGCUGCCUCAAAGAACGAGACCCCCCCAAAAUGUGCUCAGAAUUGGACUCCAGUUAUUCCCUGGGAGCUGCGACUCCCUUUCUUCUGACCAAAGACCGUUCUAUGCAUUUAUUUUUAUUUAUUUAUUUUUGAAGCGAGAGGGGAGAGAGGGAUGAGGAGGAGAGAGGCAGCAUAAGUUUGCACAUUGGCUAGCUUGGGCGGCCAGCCGUGUCCGAGCAGAGGAGAAAUCCAAAUGACAAGGCUUAGGGGAAACCCAGCGGCUGCUAGAGAGACCCCCGAUCCUGCCCUCUGAGGCUUUGGGGAGCUCUGCGGAGCCCCUAUUCUCAAGACCUUCCCCAUUGACUUCCAUGGGGCUCGACUUUCUCCUAGUCAACAGCCUCAGUCCCACUCCUUCCUCUGGAAUAACCACAUGUCCAUGGAAGUCUCGGCUCCAUUCCCAUGGAGAGAACCUGGCCAUCAGUGGAUGGAAACCAGCCCAGACAUGGCUUCAAUUAUUCUUGAGGAUGGGCUGCCUGAAGACACUUACCACCUGUAGCUGAUCGUGGCACCUGGAUUUGAGGUGUGCCGAGGGUGCGAUGCCGAGCAGUGUGGAAGAGUCCUUGCAGUCUUGACUUCAGCACAUGGAAUAGCCUUCUUGGUCCAUGGAGCUGUCCAAGGUUCAGCUUGGAUCUUCCUUCUGCCCAGGACUGAUGUCCUGAUCCCUGCCUAGCAAAUGUGGGGAUGGGCAGGCUAAAGAAGCAGGGCUGGUUCGACCUUGUGCCUUUUCUGCUCUUUGUGCAUCAUCGGCAUCCAGAUAAAUUGGCUGGGUAGGUCUGACCCAAAGUUGAGAGUCCCAUUGAAGCGCCUCUUCCUCUUCUCAGAAGAGUGGAAGACCAAUUCCCAGAGAUGUAGGAGUUAAUGCUGUCUCUGGGCAGGUAUGUCUCCUGGCAGCCACCUGGGCUUAUUUGAGAGGCUAGAGAGCCAUUUGUUCUGAGUGUCCACCUUGCAACCCUCAGCAAGAAGAACGUGUCCACCUUGUAAUCAUCAUAUCCCCAAUAUUUUCUUCUAGGGAGGAACUUCUGUUUCUGCUUUGCACAUAACAACAUUGCCAAGAGGACAGACAGUUCUUAUAUAGGCCUGUCUCUUGGUUGGGGGGUUUCCUCCAAGACUCCCUUCCAGCUCACUCUUCUUUCUGGUCCAGGGAAGUGUGCAACCUGGGACCUCUCCCCUCCCCUCCAGAACCUUAGGUUUAUGGGCAGCUUCCAGAGCUUUUCCCAAAAUAGCCACCAAAUUGCAAUUUGGCAGAAGGAAAGGAGGAAGGAAUACAGGUCUGGAAGAACGACUGUUGGGUGGACUUCAUGUCCUUGAUUUAAGUGCAAUCAAAAUUCAACCCAGUUUAGAUUUUUACUGGUCCCCCUCCCUCGAUAUCCUUGUCCAGGGAUGCCCCUUCUAGAGGACCACCUUAGCUUGAGAAGGUGUCCCUCUGCCCGCUUGAAACACUGGCUUGAGGCUUCCUUGCUUCUCCACCUUGACCCUUGGUGCCUUCAGCCAAGGGGAGAGGUUCUUUCCCUUCUCUCUUGUCCCCUCCCCCAUUGAACAUCAUCCCAUCAAGACUUCUCCGGAGGCCCUUCCUGCCCGGACUUCUGUCGCCAUCGCAACUGAGAGGGGAAUGCAGCUGCCCUCCAUCUUCGUUGUGUCUUUGCUUUCAUUUUGAUGAUUUUUUCCCCUCAUUUUCGCACAUUGUACUUGAAAUGAUCUCGGUUUCUUGUGACCUCAUGAGCUUCUUUGAGUUGGCUUUCUGCGGGGAGGGGGGGGACGAGUUGGGGGGUUCAUUGCUGAAAAGGCCACCAGGAGGGUUUGCACCCGUGUCCAAGCACAGCCGAAAAAACCCCACGGACAUUCCUCUCCACGCCAGCCUUCUUGUUUCGUGUUGAUUGUGCAUUAUUAUUAUUGUUGUUACUACCAAAAUUGGUGUUUGUUUUUACGAUCCAGCCUGACGUGGUUCAGAGAUGAUCUUGAAAAGCUACCUCUUUUUAAGUUGAUGUUGUUAUUGUUAAGUUUUUUUUUUUUUUUUUUUUGGCAGUUACAGAAGCACAGUUUUUGCAAUAUUUGUGGGCGGGUGGCUUUGUAAACUUCACUUCAUCUCAUGCUUUAUAUUUACAAUUGUACGUUUUAUUUUGUAAUUUAGCUGCUUUUAUACACGGGGGAAUGUUCAGCAAAGAAAGUGCAGAUCCAUGUUUCUCAACCACUUUAAGCGGUGUGGACUCCCCAAUUCCCAGAAUUCCCCAUACUGGCUAGGGAAUUCUGGGAACUGAAGUGCACACAGUUUAAUGUGGCCAAGAUUGAGAAUCGCUGGUGAAGAUGGAAGAAUUUUAAGCGAUCUAUCUCUGUCCUGUUGCUCCACACGCUUUCCCUCCUAAAAUCUGACCCUGAUCCUUCCUCAAUGUUGGAAAAUACUGAAGGCCUUAAAAACGGGGUGUGGGGGGGAGAGAGAAAGAGUGAUAAAAGAGACUCUGUGUCAUUGUAAGUCCAGAGAGCUGAAAAUUUAGUGAAACCUUUAGCAAUUUGGUAAAAGGAAAGAAAAAAAAAUAAACCAGUUAAACUUGAAUAUGUGAAUAGUUAAGUAGAGUUUUGUUUAUAAUGUGAAAAAGAGAGAGAGAGAGAAAAAAAAAAACGACAGCAUUCAAAGCAGAUCUUUUAAUGAACAAUAUGCAGUAAAUGUACCAGUGUGACAUUUGUCGGAAGUGGCAACUCCAACCAGCCCUUCUGAUGGAGCCCCAACCUUGUUGGGUGCUGUCUUUUUAAAAUCGGGGAGGGGGAGGGCUUUGAGGAGUCUUCCUCUCUUGCCCGCCCCUCCCCAAGCUAAAAGUGUUGGACUGAUAAAUUAUUUCAAAAGUGUAAUAUUUUUGUAACCUUUGUUAGUCUCUGUGUCAAGCAGGAUGUCGUCCCUCUUCUUCCCUUUGUAAAUGUGAACAGGAAUAUGUUUGCGUCUGCGGGUAUGCGUUGGAAACCUAGUAUUAAAUAAUAAAUCAUGCAGUAUUGUUGUAAAGAGUUUGCCAUAUCAGAUGGUACUCAGCUCGGGCGGAGAAUCCCGGCUUGCAAAGCACACUUGGGGAGGGCACGGGAUCCAGGUGGGACCCUCGGCGUGCCGUGGAGAGGAGGGGUGGGUGGGAAGGACACUCCAGUGGUUUUGGGGAGCAAAUGGUGGGCUGGCCUCUUGCCACUUGCCUGCCUCCCUCUCUUAAUGAUGGUUGGCUUCCUAUCGUUGCAUGGCAUGAUCCAAGCUGGCUUAACCAGUGACAGGGUGGCAAAGUGCUUGGCACCACAAGGAGGAGGAGGAAGAAGAGGGCGAGUCACAAAACGCCACCUGCACAAACCAGAUGGAAUUUGGGGGGCUUCGGAGGGUUGUCUGGGCUCCCCUCCUCUCUUCCUUGGCCCCUUAACAGGCUGCCGUUCUGGCCCCCAAAUCUGAGCGUGGGAUCCCCUCCCACCAACCCGCCACUCUGGCAUGGCCCCCUCCCACCGACCCCUUCCGUGGGUUUGAUUAGGCUCCCCUUUGCAAGUAUAUAUUCCUGGCUGUCUGUGAUUGUUGCUUUGGGAUGACAUUUCAGAAACUGAAAGCAGUACGGUUAUUGUGUACAACCCCUUGCUGGUGUGUGUUUCGUGCGUGUCCGUCCGAUGGAGAAAUAUAACUUUGUGGCUUCUUUGUGGUGGGAAACAAGACCGGGGCGGCUUCAUUGUACAAUCUUCAAAAACAACUUUGGAAAAAUGGCUUUUUCCUUCCCCUUUUUUUGUCAAUCUUUGUGCCUAAGAAGAAGUGUGUUUGUGUGUGUGUUGAUUUCUGCGCAUUUUUUUGGGGGGGGGAAAGAGGAAUAAAAUGCUGCAGUGCUUUCUUAAUUAAUGAUUUGGUACCUUGGGGGGUUAGGGGAGGACUUGCUAGCUAAGGAAUGUCAUGGUCUCACCCAUCAUUAUGCUUGGAUAACAAAAUUCUGGUGCCCCCUUGCAAUUCUUGACCCCUUGCAAUUCUUGACCCACCGGCCCCUGGCACUGGUGCAAGGGAGGAUGCCCGGGCCACAUUGCACUCCAGUCCCCCCAUCCUUUGUGCCCCUUCCACCCCACAGGCUGUGUUCUGCUUCACAGCAACACAACUUCCACAACCGAAGCAUGAGAGCCCAUGCCAAAGCUGCUGAGCCUUACUCUGUUGGCAGCUGCAGAGAAUUAAUCAAAGCCUACUGAAUGGGCAAACUUCCACGCUUAUCAAUUCAAAAUAAUCCAAUGGAAUUCUUCUCCCUUGUCCACCCACUUCUUCCCUGACCCCGCCCACUUCAUCCUGACCCCGCCCUCUAGUCUCUAAAGCAGUGUUUCUCAACCUUGGAAGCUUGAAGAUGGGUGGACUUCAACUCCCAGAAUCCCCCAGCCAGCGCUGCUGGCUGGGGGAUUCUGGGAGUUGAAGUCCACCCAUCUUCAAGCUUCCAAGGUUGAGAAACACUGCAGAGGGCUCCCUUGAUGGAUGCCAAGGGGUUUUGGCAAAGAAGGCUGGGGUUGGGGUAGGCAGACCCGGGCAGGGGGCGCAAAAGAUGGUCAGGGACUGGAUGUCUGUUCAAGCUUUUGCUCUCCCCUUACCAUGACCUCCUUCAGCCCAGGGCUGUCAUUUUCUUGACACGCAUCUCAGUAUUUGUUGGGCAUCGUGUUUAAAAGAGGCAUAGGUUUUUUUGGAGCCAUGCCAAAUCUCCAUGGAUGUUCAUAGAUUUCAGAUCUAUAUCUAUAUCUAUAUAUAUAUAUUAGCACUGAGGACCAAUUGUGUCCUUCUGGACCAAGCAAAUUUAAAGCUUCUCCUUCACUUGUUGUGUUUUUAAUUAAUCUCUUUAUCUCUUCAUGUUGUCGCAGUUAAAAGUGCCAGUUUGAUCGCUUCAUGUUAAAAGAGAAAUCCUGUUUUUGUUUUUGUUUUAAUUGCUGUCCUGGCUCGGUCUACCUCAGCACCUCCUGCUAGCCUGAUUUAAGAAGGUGCCAAUUUUUUUUUUUGUUGUUAUUUAGUUUAUUUUCCAAAUACUGUGUUAUGUAUAUAUAUUUUUUUUUUCCUGUACAAAGUACUUUUCUGUUCGUUCCUUUGCAGUGCAGCUUGUGCGUCUUGUUAUAAGCUUUCUCUAGAGUCUUAGACGCAUUUAAGUUAAAAAUACACACACACACAUGCACACAAAAUAAAUCAUUUCUCCCUCUACCCCCACCCCCACAGAAAGUUGUGAUGUCCUUUUUCUAGUUGCCAUUCUCUCCUCCUGCAUCUACUCUGAAAGGCCCAGGAGAAUUCUCUGUAAACCUUCUGUGUUUUCUGGCGAGAGGGUGGGGGGGACACAAGACAAAAGGAGUCUCCCCCCCCCCACAAAAAACGAUGUAUUGCUGCAGGUUUUUUUUCUCUCCAUUUGUCACUAAGUGAAGUUUGUGCCUUCUAUAGCAAAGAGAAUAUUUUUUACAUCCUACUAACAGUAGAUUUUUUUGUAGUGGACAUUUUUUGUAUUUUUAUUUAUAAGUCUCAUAAGGAAAAUAGCAAUGUUCAGUUGUAUAUCUUGAAUCUGCAGUUAGGAAUAAAAAAAAUACAAUAAAGUUAAUUCAGUCGUUGA